AUGAACAACCGUCCAACGAGCCCAAUGGUGCAACACGGUCAACAACCUCCGCCCAUCACGACAAAUAUGCAAUACCAGCAGCCCAGUGUUCCGAUGAACGGUCCACCGGGUUAUGGUAUGCAACAACAGAUGGCUCCUAGCAUCCCUGCACCACUGAAUACUAAUAUAUACCCCGGGCGCAAUCCGGCUGUCGAGGUUGAAGGCGCCGGUCGCAGCAAGGCCCAGCUGAUUGUCGGUAUCGACUUUGGCACGACCUUCUCGGGUGUCGCAUACGCGUUCGCGACUAACAACGAAGCAAGAGAGGACAUCAUCACGGAAUGGCCAGGUGCCGGAACCCACACAAAACAAAAGAUCCCCACUGUCCUUUACUACGACCAAUACCAAAAGGUGGUAGGAUGGGGCCCCGAUAUUGCCGACGCACUCGCGCCUACCGGAUAUCCCAAAGCCCAAGUGCAGAAGGUUGAGUGGUUCAAACUCCAGCUGAUGCUCUCUGGAAACACAUAUAUCGACCCCAUCAACUUGCCUCCCCUUCCCCCGGGCAAGUCCGAAAUCGAUGUCGCUGCCGAUUACCUCUUCAAGCUACGCCAAGCGAUGCGCGCUCAGCUACAAAAGACACUGGGAGAGGUGUUUACUCGGGAGGAGCGCAACAUCCGGUAUUAUCUGACAGUGCCGGCUAUUUGGAAUGAUGCCGGUAAGGCUGCGACGCGAACUGCUGCUAUCCAGGCUGGUUUCUUGCGCGAUGAGAACGACAACCGUCUCACGCUGGUCUCGGAGCCCGAGGCAGCGGCGCUAUUUUGCGCCAAGAGCGGACUCCUCAACUUGAAGGUGGGCGAUGCCAUCCUGAUUGUGGACUGCGGUGGUGGUACCGUGGACUUGAUCGCAUACGAGGUUGAGGAAGAGCAGCCCUUCAGUGUGAUGGAAUGCACUGCGGGGUCCGGUGACUCAUGCGGUUCAACGGCAUUGAAUCGGAACUUCAGCAACAUUCUGCGCGCGAAAAUUCGCAAGAUGAAGCUGCCGGACGGCUCUCGGACUGCGGGCAAGGUUUACGCAAAGUGUAUCAUGGACUUUGAGAACCGGAUCAAGGCAGACUUCCGCAACAACGGACAAAAAUGGGCCGUGGAUGUGGGUAUCGAGGCCGACUUCCCCGAGGCUGGUAUUGAGGAGGGCUAUAUGACCUUCAUGAAUGAGGAGAUCCUUCAGUGCUUCGAGCCGGUCGUGAACCGUAUCCUCGAGUUGGUGCGCAAUCAAAUCAUCGCUAUCCAGGCGCAAAAUCGUCUGCUUCAGAAUGUUUUGGUCGUCGGUGGAUUCGGUGCUUCAGAAUACCUCUUCCAGCAGAUCAAGCUCCACGUUCCACCGCAGUAUCAAACCAAGGUGGUCCGCCCGAUGGACUCUGUGGCUGCGAUCGUUAAGGGUGCAGUUACUGCAGGUAUCACUGAGCGGGUUAUCACUCACCGUGUGGCCCGUCGACACUACCUGAUGGCCACCCUCCAACCGUUCAAGGAAGGCUAUCACCCAGAACAGUACCGUGUGCCCAGUUUGGAUGGCCGCGACCGUUGCAAGUAUACCCGUCAGAUCUUCGUCCAAAAGGGGGAGCGCGUCAGAAUUGGCGAGCCAGUCAAGGUCAGCUUCUUCCGUCAAGUAGCGCCCGGGGCCACUCUGAUGUACGAGGAUGUGCUGUAUGCCUGUGACGAGGAUGUCUGCCCCGAGUAUACGAAGGAUCCACGUGAGUUAAGCUACGACCGUGUACUUUCAUUCGCCACUAACUCUUCUCUAGGCAUCAAGGAAGUCGUCACGCUCACGUCCGAUCUAUCGCGCAAGAACCUGGAGACCGACUUUGAGCGCAUGGACACACCCCAGGGCAUCUUCUACCGUGUCUACUUUGAUAUUUACCUCACCCUAGACGGCAGCGAGUUCAGCGCCGAACUAGUCUGUCAGAACGAGAUCAUGGGCCGCUGCCGCGCCAAGUUCCGGUGA